AUGCAUCGCACCUUCUGCCUGCUCCUUCUGGCUGGAUACCUGCUGCUUUCUCACGGCCAGCCAGCCCAAGAGUCCAACAACACAUCCAACCAAACCUAUACAGAGUCCUCACAGUUGAACAUCUCCAGCUACCAGAUCAUUGCCCCUGGCAAUGCUGACUUUGCGUUCCGUCUCUACCACCUGGUGGCAGCCCAAAACUCUGAGAAGAACAUUUUCUUCUCCCCACUCAGCAUCUCCAUCGCCUUGGCCAUGCUGUCCACAGGGGCUGGUGGGGACACCCAGACCCAGAUCCUUGAAGGCCUGGGCUUCAACCUCACCGAGCUGUCACAGCCUGAAAUCCAUGAGGGCUUCAGGCUCAUGCAGGGCAUAGUAAGUCGUCCAUCUCCUGAGAUGGACAUCUCUGUAGGCAACGCGCUGAUCCUUAGCGGGGACCUGCAGCCUCUUCCUGAGUUUGUCAGCACCACGGAAGCCUCCUAUAACAGCAAAGUCUUACUUGGUAACUUCAGAGACACGAAGGCUACGAUCCAGCUCAUCAACAACUAUGUCAAGGAGAAAACCCGUGGAAAGAUCAAGGAUUUGAUCAAAGACCUGAGCCCCAACGUAAGGAUGGUUCUGGUGAAUUAUAUCUUCUUCCGAGGUCUGUGGAAGAAACCUUUCCCUUUCCAUAAAGUCACUGUGAGUAACUUCUACGUGGAUGAGAAGACGGUUGUGCAGGUCCCCAUGAUGCAGCAAGAUGACAAUGAACACUGGUUUCUGGAUGACAGACGUGUGCCCUGCACGGUUCUGCGGAUGGAAUACCAAGGCGAUGGUGCCGCGGCGUUUUUCAUCCUUCCUCAGAAGGGCAAGAUGGAGGAGGUGGAGCACAUGCUGUCCCCAGGCAUGCUGGCAAGGUGGAACCACUUGCUUCAGAAUAGGAACUUUUACAGAAAGCUUACACUGCACUUCCCCAAAUUCUCCAUUGCAAAUUCCUAUUCAUUAGAAGAGAUUUUGCCCUACCUGGGUUUCCAGGACCUGUUCACCCAGCGCGCUGACUUCUCGCGCAUCAACGAAGAGGAGAAAUUGCAGCUAUCCAAAGUUUUCCACAAGGCCACCCUGGAUGUGAAUGAAGUUGGCACGGAGGCUGCGGCAGCCACUGGUACCUCUGUUAUGUUUCUUUCUGCCAAGCACAAGAAACGUGUCCUUGUAUUCAACCGGCCAUUCUUCGCAGUGAUAUAUUCCACCAGCACCAAGAAUAUCCUCUUCAUGGGGAAGGUGUUCAACCCCACAGCAUAG